AUGGCAAAUGUAUCGACGAACGCGAAAGCUCGCCUGAGAGGCGUCGUAUUCGAUAUGGACGGAACCCUGACGGUUCCGGUCAUCGAUUUCGCCGCAAUGUACAGGUCUGUCCUCGGCGAAGAUGAGUACAAGCGAAUCAAGGCGGAGUCUCCUACUGGAAUCGAUAUUCUCCACCAUAUCGAGUCGUGGAGCUCCGAUAAACAGCAGAAGGCGUAUGAAAUCAUCGCCGAUUAUGAGAAACAGGGUAUCGAUAAGCUCCAAAUCAUGCCCGGUGCUGCUGAACUAUGUGGCUUUCUUGAUUCCAAAAAGAUAAAGAGGGGGCUAAUUACACGAAAUGUCAAGAAGGCAAUCGACAUCUUCCACCAACGUUAUGAGGUCAUCUUUUCUCCAGCACUAGGCAGAGAGUUUCGUCCAUAUAAGCCAGACCCGGACCCGCUGUUGCAUAUAUGUUCUACAUGGGACAUCCAGCCUAAUGAAGUCAUGAUGGUUGGUGACAGCUUAAAAGAUGAUAUAGCAUGUGGGAAACGAGCUGGAGCCUUCACUUGCUUGCUAGAUGAAACCGGAAGGUAUGCACCAGAGGAUUUUUCUGUCUCUGGACUGCAUCCUGAUUUUAAGGUUGAUUCCUUGUCCAAGAUUCAGAACCUAUUGGAGACGAACUUCGACCUAAACCCUUAG